GCGCAGCCGCAGCCGGACGCGGAGCGCGCGUCACGCAGGCCGCGCUGUGGGAGGCUUAAAUAGGCCGGGCCGGCGCCGGGGCUUCGGAGCGCUGCGGGUGGUGUCCGUGCGGGUACCAGCACAAUAUCUUCAACUUCAGCUGUUCAACAGGAGUGCAUCUUUAUAAUUGCAGAACAGUCUUCUGAAUUUCUGCGUUGCUGUCUGCAGUGGGCUUUCUGGCAUAUUGGACUCUACUUUGACUGACAGACCUGACAGGGGAAGGGCUGGAUCCAAAGGUGCCUCUACAAGAUGAGCUGCUCAGAUCUUGUGAUUAGAAAGAGUCCAACCUGAGGAAUAACAAUCAAAUCACCAUGCAGGCACACGAAUUGUUUAGACAUCUACGAAUGCCAGAACUUGGUGAUGUCAGACAGUAUGUGCGCACUCUUCCAACAAAUACGCUCAUGGGAUUUGGUGCUUUUGCAGCUCUCACAACUUAUUGGUAUGCCACAAGACCCAAAGCUUUGAAACCACCAUGUGAUCUAGCAAUGCAGUCUGUGGAAAUAGAGGGUGGUGAGCAUGCUCGACGAUCAGCACUGCUUAAUAGUGACGAGCCAUUGAUAUACUACUAUGAUGAUGUGAGAACAGUCUGUGAUAUCUUCCAAAGAGGCAUGCAGGUGUCAAAUAAUGGCCCCUGUCUUGGUGUUAGGAAACCAAAUCAACCAUAUGAGUGGAUCUCUUAUAAAGAGGUUUCAGAGAGAGCAGAAUGUGUGGGUUCAGCUCUACUUUACAGAGGCUACAAACCAGCUCCAGAUCAGUAUAUAGGAAUCUUUGCACAAAACAGACCAGAGUGGGUCAUCAUUGAACAGGGAUGCUAUGCAUACUCCAUGGUGGUAGUGCCUCUUUAUGAUACAUUGGGAGCUGAUGCAAUUUGUUACAUUGUGAACAAAGCUGACAUAGCACUGGUUUUCUGUGACAAAUCUGACAAGGCCAAACUUUUGCUAAGUAAUGUGGAAAAAGGGGAAACACCAGUCCUCAACACUAUUGUUAUGAUGGAGUCCUUUGACAAUGAUCUUGUAGACCAUGGAAAGAAGUGUGGGGUGGAGAUUUUCAGCAUGAGAGAAAUAGAGGACCUGGGAAGAACUCACAGACAAAAACCUGUGCCUCCAAAGCCAGAAGAUCUAGCAAUCAUCUGUUUCACCAGUGGAACUACAGGAAACCCAAAAGGAGCUAUGAUCACUCAUCAAAAUAUAGUGAGCAAUGCGUCUGCUUUUCUGAAAUCUACCGAGAAUGCAUUUGUUCCUUGUCCAGAUGACAUUUUGAUCUCAUUCUUGCCUCUGGCCCAUAUGUUUGAGAGAGUUGUGGAGUGUGUGAUUCUGUGCCACGGAGGUCGAAUAGGAUUCUUCCAGGGGGACAUCAGACUACUUAUGGAUGACUUAAAAACACUGCAGCCAACAGUUUUUCCUGUGGUACCAAGACUUCUGAACAGGAUGUUUGAUAAAAUUUUUGGGCAAGCCAAUACAUCAUUGAAACGGUGGAUACUAGACUUUGCUUCCAAAAGGAAAGAAGCAGAACUUCGAAGUGGUGUAGUUAGAAAUAACAGCCUGUGGGAUAAGUUGAUCUUCCGCAAAAUACAGGCCAGUUUGGGAGGAAAAGUAAGACUGAUGAUCACAGGAGCAGCGCCUGUAUCAGCAAGUGUGUUGACUUUUCUAAGGGCAGCUCUUGGCUGUCAGUUCUAUGAAGGCUAUGGACAGACAGAAUGCACAGCUGGAUGCUCCCUGACAGUACCUGGAGACUGGACAGCUGGUCAUGUUGGGACACCAAUGCCUUGCAAUAUUGUAAAGCUUGUUGAUGUAGAAGAAAUGAAUUACUUUGCUGCCAAAGGAGAAGGUGAGGUGUGUGUGAAAGGGCCAAAUGUAUUUCUGGGCUACUUGAAGGAUCCAGAGAAAACAACAGAAGCUUUGGACAAAGAUGGCUGGCUCCACACAGGAGAUGUUGGGAAAUGGUUACCAAAUGGAACCUUGAAGAUCAUUGACCGGAAAAAGCAUAUAUUCAAACUUGCCCAGGGAGAGUACAUAGCACCAGAGAAAAUAGAAAAUGUGUAUUUGAGAAGUGAACCUGUUGCUCAGGUGUUUGUCCAUGGGGAAAGCUUACAGGCUUUCUUAAUAGCUAUUGUGGUACCAGACCCAGAAAUCCUACCUAGCUGGGCCAAGAAGAAGGGAUAUGAAAGCUCAUAUGAAGAACUGUGCAAAAACAAGGAUCUCAGGAAACACAUUCUGGAAGACAUGUUGAAAGUUGGGAAAGAAUCUGGUUUGAAGUCAUUUGAGCAGGUCAAAACCAUCGCCCUGCACCCUGAAAUGUUUUCCAUUGAAAAUGGCUUGUUGACACCAACAUUGAAGGCAAAGAGACCAGAACUACGAACAUACUUCAAGGCGCAGAUAGAUGAACUCUAUGCUAAUGUUAGAAUGUAACUAAGAAUGGCUUGAGGAGAAUGGCACAUGUCCAGUGUCUACUGUUGGCCUUCGUAUCUGUAAUUUGACCACAGCAAACAUAGGGAAGGAAACUGUGCAAUCAUUAACUAACUAGUACAUAAAUGGGUACUUGCCAUAGGAGCAUUGAAGAAAAUGGAACACUGCCUUACUGUCCAGUUGUGUUGCAUACCAUUUUAUGGUGACCUACAAUUUCCAAAAAAAAAGCCUUAAACUGUAAACGUAACUGUGUAAGUUAUUUUAAGACUUCCUCAGCCAAAAAAUGGGACUCUUCUUAACCAUGGAGUUAGGGUUUUCUUAUUGCCAGCAUGUUCAGUGUCUGCAGUGUGCUUUGCUACAGUCAACUCCAAAGGAUUUAGCAGAUCUGGAGAGGCCUCUUGGUAUCUUUACAUCAGGGGAAACAUUAGCUGAUCCAUCAAGGUUUGUAGCUGAAGCACUUCUUAUAUUAGCCCUAUCAUUAACCUGAGCAGACAGAAGUUACUCAAGCGUCCCCAGCAAAGAACUUUGAAGUUACCUGUGUAAGCUAGAAGCUGAAUACCAAUUAAAGGAGAAUGAUGCAACAUUAGGUCUCAGAUUUUUAGUCUGCAUCUAAUUCUUGAACACUAAAGAACGUGUGCGCAGCUACCAAUCAACAUAAGGUCCUGACGAAGGUCAACUCCAUAGCUGCGUAAACAGAUCCUAACUCUGGAAUGAAACGAGUUUUAAAGCUGGAAACCAUUCAGGAGGCUGGGUUAUGCUAACAGCCAGGUAAAUGUACACCUGUACUAGUUGCUUGUCUCCCUGCAAUGAACAUCUGUUUAAUUAAAUUUGCUUCAAUUUUCUUUUUUUUGUAAUGUGCCAGAUCUUGUACCUACAGAAUAGCUUCUACCAGUCCCUCAGUUCUCUAUGCUUAAUGCGUAAGCAGUAGAGUACCUUCAUAGAGAUGGAUGGGAGCAGAAAGCAAGAAACUUGUUUCUAACCUGACGAUUGUAGCAAUUCUGAGUAAUCAAGCCCGCAGCAGAGCUGUCCAUUAGCAUAGGAUAGAUAUUUGUUCAAGGGGUAGGCCGGGGGAAGCUGAAUUCCCAAAUACGUUACAAAAUAUCCAGUCUCGCCUUCGUUUUGGAAAACCUGGCAGAAAUAUGCCUUAUUGCAGCAUAAAUCUUUACUACAUCUUAACAGAGUUGGUUUUCCAUUGGUAUUCAUUGCUGUUUCUUGGACACAUGGAUAUAUGUAAAAUACAAGCACAACAGGGUUUGCACUAAGAUUUCUGUGCGAUUGUAAUGCACUAUUCAGUAGCAUAAUUUCAUGUGUGUGCAGUUUAGGGUACACAAAUCCAUGUCAACUCUUAGAGUAGUAAUUUGUUACAUUUGGAGUUCAAAUGUUUGCUUAGUCUUGGCUAUUUCUAUGUUUUAUAAACCAAAACAAAUUUUCAAAACCAAUGAAGGAAGUGAAAAUGAAAAUAAAAAGAAAAAUUCUGCA